GUCCGGGCGGGAGGGAGGCGGCGAUGGCUGCGGAGCGGGGGCUGCCGGUGCUGCCGGGGCUGGAGGCCCAGAGGCGGCAGGUCGAGGGCGAGGGGCCUGAGCAGCCCGGGAGGGAGCGCCCGCUUCGAGCCGGAGAGAAGUGGUAUUUGCUGGAGAAUCAUUGGUACAAACAGUGGAGAGCAUACGUGGAAUCUGGAGAUCAGAACUCCAUCUCUUUCCCUGGACGGAUCAACAAUGCUGAGCUCUUUGAAGAUACAGAGUCAUACCGGUUGAAGGAUAGACUGGUGGAGCAUGAGGAAUACGUUCUGGUGCCAGAGGAGGUCUGGAACAAGCUGGUGAGCUGGUAUGGCCUUGAGCAUGACCAGCCAGCCAUUGAACGCAAGGUGGUGGAUCUUUCCAGCAUGCAGAAAGUGGAGGUUUACCUGGUGGAACUUUACCUUUGCCAGCACAGUGACAUGGACAACCCUGUCACUGCCCAGUUUAGCCGAAUGGACGUUAUCGAAACGGUGCUGAAGGAAGCCCGACGCCAGUUUUCUGUUCCAGUAGAGGCCGAGACAAGGCUGUGGGUGAAGAACUCAGACGGCUCAUGUGAGCGGCUACGGAACUUGCAGAUGACGGUGUUGGAUGCCUGCCUCAGUUCAGGGCAGGUGGUGGUAAUGGAGACCAGGAAGGACGGCACUUGGCCCAGCUCUAGACCACAUAUCAUGAAGAACUCCCUCGAGGACGAGGAACUCUAUCAGGGCCAGCCUGGUGUCUGCGGUCUCACCAACUUAGGCAACACCUGCUUCAUGAACUCUGCUUUGCAGUGUCUCAGCAAUGUGCCCCCUCUUACUGAGUAUUUCCUCAACAACCGCUACCUGGACGAGCUGAACUUCAGCAACCCCCUGGGCAUGAAGGGUGAGAUUGCCGAGGCCUACGCUGACCUCAUCAAGCAGCAGUGGUCUGGCCACCACCGCUCCAUCGUGCCUCGCAUGUUUCAGACCAAAGUGGGCCAUUUUGCCUCCCAGUUCCUUGGCUACCAGCAGCACGAUUCCCAGGAGCUGCUCUCCUUCCUGCUUGACGGCCUGCAUGAGGACCUCAACCGGGUCAAGAAGAAAGAGUACAUAGAGCUGAAGGAUGCAGCAGGGAGGCCAGAUGAGGAAGUAGCGGAGGAAGCGUGGCGGAACCACAAGCGCCGCAACCACUCCAUCAUUGUCGACAUCUUCCAUGGGCUCUUCAAGUCAACGCUGGUGUGUCCCGAAUGUGGCAAGGUUUCGGUGACCUUUGACCCCUUCUGCUACCUCAGUGCUCCCUGCCAUCAGCAAGGACCGGGUGAUGAGGUUUUCUUCGUGUCCAUGGACCCCAGCAAGAAACCCGAACAGCACAGACUGAUUGUCCCAAAAGCUGGGAUGCUAGAUCUCUGCCACACCCUCUCCAUGCAUACAGGGGUGCCUGCUGAGCGGAUGAUGGUGGCUGACGUGUUCAGUCACCGCUUCUACAAGAUCUACCAGAUGGAAGAAUCUCUCAGCUGCAUCCUGGACCGGGACGACAUCUUCAUGUGAAUCGAGGUGUCUGUGUCCACCCUGGAGGAUCCGGCCACGGCAGAUGCAGUGGUGCUCCCUGUGUACCUCCGAGAGCGUACCCAGGGCCGCGACUACAGCAACACCUACUAUGGGGUGGUGCUCUUUGGCCACCCGCUCCUGGUGUCUGUGCCAACGGGACGCUCUCCUGGGACCUCGCUCUAUCAGCUCUUGCUGCACCGGCUCUCCCGCUAUGUGACACAACCAGACUCUGAGGAAGAGGACGAUCCGAGUGAGGAAGACGAGGAGGACCUCUACAACAAGAGGCCCAAUGGGCUGAGCGAAGGGGAGGACGACGACGAGGAAGAGACGACUGCAGAAGGCUCCACAAGCCAGGAGCCCAGCUCGGAGGCGGAGGAAAACCCCUUGGACGCCUCUGUGGGGGAGGAAGGGGCUGGCGUGGAGGGGAGGCCCAGCCCCAGCCCAGCUCCUCAGCCACCUCAGUCCCCCCAGACACCCUCUUCCAGCCCCAGCCCCCCGACGGCCAACCAGGCCAAACGCAAAUGCUGCCAGAAGCGCCCCAAGCUGCUCUUCACCCUCCAGGCCGUCAACUCCAACGGGACCAGCGACCGGACAGCUGCCCAGGAUGAUGGCAGCACUGUCUCCUUCAACUCCCAACCGUACAUUGCGAUGGGACUGGGACUCCAACAGAGGAAACGCUACUACAAUGAGGCGGAGGCGGAGGGCUACAUCAAGCACGACUGCAUGGACUUCACGCCAAGGAAGAAUCCAGUGAGGCUGCAGGAGUGCCUCGAACUCUUCACCACCGUGGAGACGCUGGAGGAGGAGAAUCCCCUGGUACUGCCCCCCUGCAAGAAGCACCAGUUGGCCACCAAGAAGCUGGACUUGUGGUCGCUGCCAGAGAUCCUGAUCAUCCACCUCAAGCGCUUUUCCUACACCAAGUUCUCCAGGGAGAAACUCGACACCCUGGUGGAGUUCCCUAUCCAGGACCUCGAUUUCUCAGAUUUUAUCAUCAAGCCACAGAAAGACACUGACCCUACACUGUACAAAUAUGACCUCAUCGCCGUGUCGAACCACUACGGGGGUCUCCGAGAUGGGCACUACACGACUUUUGCCCGGAACAAAGACAGCGGAACGUGGUUCUACUUUGAUGACAGCAGUGUCUCUGCAGUUUCCAAAGUCCAGAUUGAGUCCAAAGCUGCCUAUGUGCUCUUCUACCAGCGCCAGGACAAAUGGCACCCUGCCCUCCUUGCUGCACCGAGUACCGCAGGUUCCAGAGACCAGGACGACGGUGGAGGGGCCUGCUGCGAGCCCCACCCCAGAGAGCAAGCCAGUAGGGACUUUAUGGAUGUGGACUGACCUUGACCCCACCCUCCCUCCUCCAUUUGCAGCCGGGGAGGGGGGCUGCAUGCCCUGCCUCUUCCCUUCCUCAGACUGAAGCUAGCAGUGGAUUCUCUCCAAGGGCAGCAGCUCUUUACUUAGGCU